AGUUCACUUUGAUGAAGAUGAACUAAACAACACAGGAAUCUCACUGAUGAACACCUUCCUCAGCUCACAGCCUAACCUGGUUUAGAGGAGAGCUGUUCGACUUCACCCCGGUAGGUGGCGGUAAUGCACCUUACGUUACCAUAGACUGUACAUACGGUUGUUACCAACCAUUUAAAAACAGCAGAAGAAGAAAUCCGGAAGCUGCUAGCAGAGUUAGCUUGUUGUUCUCGUGUAUGAGGAGAAUAUUUGAGGCGCUACAGUAAAAAUGUCUUCACUUCAGUCUCUGGGAGAGUUGAUCACAUAAAGCGACUAACUGCUGCUGCAGAAAUCUUCUCACCAGACUGUGGAAACAUUCUUCUCAACAACUUGGUGGAGUUCUUUCCAAAACCAGAGAAGAUAUUCUGCGGUCUUCGUGACAAUCGGAGCUCCAAAAGCAGGUGAUGGGUCAGAAAAGCUUUUCUCUAGACUUCCUGCCCUCUGGAUCUGCUGCUGUUCCUUUGGCCUCUCUGAGAAACGCGCUCGUUUUGCUGCUUUCAUCAGAUUGAAGAGGUUCCCUCUGAGUUGGCCAUGAUGCAGGAUCGCUGCUCGCUCUCUGAUCCAUCCUGCUCACACUCUCCGACGGAAAAGCCCCGAAUCUGAAUGUGACUCUGGAAGAAAAAGCGGUUAGCUCUACUCCGUGAACUCUUGUGACCAAAGGUCCUCUUUUCCAGACCGGAUCUGUCCUCAGCUGAUCAGAACCAAAGCGUUGGAUCUUUCUGCGUUGUUCUGAAGCAGCAUCUUACUCGGCUCUCCUGCUUUGUUUCUAUUGCAGCUGUUAGCUAAACACGGCUAAAGAAAACCUGCUACCACUUCAGGAUCAUCCAUCAGCUGGGACUGCUUCAUCUUGUUUACUUCACCAUCUGGAUCUGGACAGCAUGGAUACAGGUUCUGGUCCACACUGUUGUGACAUCAUCAGCUACAUCCAGGAUGAGAUUCCCCCAACCCACCACAAGAUCUUCAACAGAUGGUGCUGGUUAAAGAAGAAGUUCCUGGUGUGGACCAGCAGGACCUAGAACACCUGCACAUAAAGGAGGAAAAGGAGGAACUCUGGACCAGUCUGGAGGGAGAACAUUUGCAUUUGAAAGAGGAGACGGAUCCUGCCACAUUUCUACUUCCAGCUGUUUCUGUAAAGAAUGAGGAUGAUGAAGAGAAGCCUCUUUUCUCACAGCUUCAUCAUCAGCGAAUGGAAGUCAUAGAUGUUUCAACCUGCAGCUUAGCUGAUCAGAUAACAGCAGAAACUGGUAGAGGAGCUGAAAAUAGAAAAAAGCCAGAUCUGAAACAUCAUGAACAUACAUUAAGUUCUUCAGAGACUGAAGUUAGUGAAGAUGAUGAAGAAGAGGAUGAUGAUAUGAAUCUAGACUCUGAGCUAUCAGACUCUGGGCCUGAAACUGGAGAUGAAGACGAUAACUCGAAUGAUAGGUCUUCUAAUUCAGAUGUUAAGGCUGUCAACAAAUCCUUUAGCUGCCCUGAGAGUAGUAAAGAAUUUCUCCACAAGUGGUCUCUCCAGAAACAUGUGAGAGUGACGAGUUCAACAAUAGAGUCUUCAGGCUAUUUGGUUGAAAAGAAAUGUGUUGGACUAAAGCAACUUGUGGACUCAUGUAGGAAAGUCCAGAAAGAACCCAACUCAUUUAGUUGUGAUGACUGUGGAAAAGAUUUUAGUAAUGAGAAAAGUUUAAACCGUCACAUGCGAGUCCACACAGGACAGAAACCCUUUGUGUGUGAGGUAUGUGGAAAAAGCUUCGGUCACAGGACAAAUUUAAGCAGUCACAUGCGAGUCCACACAGGACAGAAACCUUUUGUGUGUGAGCUCUGUAGAAAAAGCUUUAGUCAAAGGGCAGUUUUAGACAAUCACAGGAGAGUCCACACAGGACAGAAACCUUACACUUGUGAGCUCUGUGGGAAGAGCUUUAGCCAAAAGAUAACUUUAAAGGGUCACAUGAGGGUCCACACAGGACAGAAACCUUUUGUGUGUAUGGUCUGUGGACAAAGAUUUAGUCAUAAGGCAAAUUUUAACAGUCACAUGAGAGUCCACACAGGACAGAAACCUUUUGCUUGUGAAGUCUGUGAACAAAGAUUUAGUCAUAAGACAACUUUAAACAGUCACAUGAGAGUCCACACAGGACAGAAACCUUUUGCUUGUGAAGUCUGUGAACAAAGAUUUAGUCAAAAGGCAAAUUUACAAAAACACAUGAGAGUACACACAGGACAGAAACCUUUUACUUGUGAACUCUGUGGACAAAAAUUUAGUCAAAAGACAAGUUUAAAUAGUCAUAUGAGAGUUCACACAGGACACAAACCUUUUGUGUGCAAGCUCUGUGGACAAAGCUUUAGUCAAAGGACAAAUUUAAGCAGUCACAUGAGAGGCCACACUGGACAGAAACCUUUUGCUUGUGAACUCUGUGGACAAAGAUUUAGUCAUAAGAAAUGUUUAAACACCCACAUGAGAGUCCAUACUGGAGAGAAACCUUUUGCUUGUGAACUCUGUGGACAAAAAUUUAGUCAUAAGUCAAGUUUAAACUGUCACAUGAGAGUCCACACAGGACAAAAACCUUUUGCUUGUGAACUCUGUGGACAAAGAUUUAGUCAUAAGACCAGUUUAAACCGUCACCUGAGAGCACACACUGGACAGAAACCUUUUGCCUGUGAACUCUGUGAACAAAAAUUUAGUGAAAAAACAAAUUUAAAAAAGCACAUUAGAAUCCACACAAGACAGAAAUCUUUUGCCUGUGAACUAUGUGAACAAAGAUUUAGGUAUAAGAAAUUUUUAAAAGAUCACAUGAGAGUCCACACUAAGGAUUGAGAGACUCACAGAUCUGAACCGGUGGUUCGAUCACAACGUUAGCGAUGCAUCUGCAACGGUAGCUUCAGGUUGCAUUGGAUACAACUGACAGCUCUAUCGCAGCAUAUGUUCCCAUGCAUGUCUCUUGCUGGUAAAAUCCAUGGGGUAUAUUGAUUACUUCAUAGUUUACCUGCUAUGUCUUUGUUUUUUGUGGCUCAUUGAAUGCAGUCUCUUUUAGCGGAAUCACCAUAUUGUUAAUGUAUCGCUGGUAGUUUGUCGAGAUACAAGUCAGAGUUUCUAGCAUGGCACCUGUACCCUGCUGUUAAAUAGUUUGUGUAUUGUAGAAAUAUUUGUCUUUUACCAGUGGUUUAUACUUUGAGUUGUAUAGCUGCAGAUGUUUUCAGUUGUUUUAGCCUCAUUUCUGGUUUCACAUCAUUGAGAUUUCUGUUGUAGUUUAGCCGAUGGAAAAUAACUCUGUGUUAAAUCAUCUAGUUUUUGUUUUCCACAGAUUUUCAUUUUCUCACUAAACCUUUUCUUUGAUUUCCUGUUGAAGGUUUAGAGUUUUAGCUUCUAUUUAUGUUUUAUGACAUUUUUCUUUUUUCUACUCCUGAAGAAGUGUGGAGACUGUUUUUCUAGCUGUUUAGCUUUAAAUGUGUGAUGGAGGUUCAGGCUCAUAUACUGACUGAAGUCUGUUUAGAUUCACCUAAACUAAGAAAGAAUCUGUACCGUAGCUGGGAUCGUGGAAGAGACGCAAGUGUGUGUUUAGAUUGUAACUCAGAGUUCAGAGUGGUUCUGCUUCAGUCAGCUUUUGGAUCAUUAACACUUGACAGGGUCCAUGAUGGUGUUUUUAUUAAGAAGCUCUCAUUUCUUCUUCUGUCUAAGGUUUUUAGGAGGAUCUGAUUUAGGAAAUGUUGGAGCAUUAAAGGUUCUUUGCAGUGGAACGUUCUGAACUGUUGGAGUGUAAUCCAUCAUUCAGGUGUUCUGAGUGGGUUCUGCUGUCCUUACAGGUAAAGCAGCUGUUACAGCUUGUUGGAGAUAUCUGAUAAUGUUUGUUUUACUUCUUUUUAUUUGGCUUUUCUGUUAUUCUUUAGUUUCAUGAGACGUUUCAACCAGAUUAACGUUGACUUUGCUUCUAAGUGUUGGUUCUAGAUCUUAGCAACGAUCUUUAUGCUUCCUGCUUUGUUUCUUCUUAUUAGAAUUAAAAGCUUGAAUCCA